ACAUCAGACCACCAUGAAAGAGCAGACGAUACUGCUUCGAGGCUUUUGGGGGGCUGAGGGGUAGCUCAAGGUGGCGGUGGGUGUCAAUGCCGACAUGCGUUGACAGCCCACGUUGGUUGGUUGCUCUUUCCUUACGUUCUUGGGGCGGUGUCCAUUCCAUUGCCAAACCGCUUUGGUCUUUCCCAUGAUGAAUUGAACGGAUGUCUUUGAAAUUUGUGGGCUAGAUCACCUUGCCGUCCCCUCGUUCCACGUACCUUAGCCACCAACCUACCUUGAUGGCCUCUGACGAUGAGCUCGAAACUGCACCCGACUGAAUGACCUGUUACAGGAUACAGCUAGAGGUUUACAUUACCUAAGGUACCUUGUCUUUGCCCAAAAUAGCAUUCAUCCGUCACGCUUCGGUUCUCUAUCCUCUUUUUCACAACCCAUUCAAUGGAUUGAGCCCAAUCAACUGAAUCGUCCCUUUAGGCUGCCAUCCAUGCGCUCUUUCCGCUUUCGUCUGCACCUCUAUAUCAGAUGAUCCCCAGCCGACGCUAAAUCAAAUCUAAAUCCCCUCAAUUCAUCCCACCAGAAGAAGAGGCGUCCAACCUAAUGGUAGUUCUAGAUCUUGAUCCUAGACUGGAUUGACUGACAGCCUACCUGCCUGCAUCGUCGCGAAUCACACGUGUUCCCCCUCACACGUCACCCGUGCCGCCUCUUUUGCUCCCAAAACCCCUAAAAUUCGUUUUCUUUACGUUAUUUAACAAGUUGCUUCUUCCUUUUCCCGUCUGUUCUCCACACGAUUGACCGCUUCUAGAAAAACCCUUGCAUCUUCGUAGUCUGAUCAAUCUUUUACGUCAACAAUAAAUCUCCCGAGGCCCCCAAAGCUACCUACCUUACUCUGCAGCUCUUCGACACAAUGACACCAGCCAAGGUUCCUGUUACCAUCACAUUCAGCAAAGAAGGUGUUCAGCCACCCCUGUACAUAGCAGGCACAUUUUCAGACCCUUUGUGGCAACCCGAAGAAAUGGAGGUAUCGGUCGGUGAAGGUGGCAAGCACCUAUUCAAGUCACGAAUUCUCGCCAGUCCAGGCGCAGAGAUACAUUACAAGUUCAAGACGGCCAAUGGAGAUUGGUUUCUGGAUGACAAGUCGGAGUCAGUUGUCGAUUAUAAGGGCUUUCGCAACAACUCCCUCAAUGUCCCGCGAGUACCGACAAUCACCCAGCAGCCGCCCUCAGCUACACUCCAGAGAUCAUCGGACGAUGGUGGCCACGGUGCAUCUUCUGACUGGCUCAACGUCGACCCUUUCGUAAAGAGGUCCAAGGGCAAAUCAAACAGCCAGGACUGGGACAGACCACAGGAUCGUAUCCCACUAUUUGCGCACGAGUGCCUUGUGCCAGAUGACCAGAGCAUUGCAAGCGGAAGCGGCAUCUACUCGCACACAAGCCCGCGCCACACGUCGCAGGUUGGCUUCGACCACGAGCCAGACACAUUCGAACUCGCAGACCCAGCCCUGGAGAAGUUCCCCUCGCGCCUCGACGAGAUUAGCGAGCUCAUUCACAAGGUCGAGGAGGACUUGGAAGAAGACGAGACCGAGAUAGAGGGCGUGCCCCCGUCUGCCGUCCUCGGCCUGCCGAGAAGUAGGACGAAUGAUAUCGUCGGCGAGUUUGUAAGCGGGUCACCUGCCGCUGCCCCCGUCUCUACCCGCCCGUCACGGCGGUUAGAUACAAUUCCCCGAAGCUCGGCUCAUUCCGACGUGUCUGCCUCCCUGCUCUCAAUCGCCGAGGGCAUCGAAGAGGAUGGAGAAGAGAGGUUGACCAGUCCGGUGGUCCUACCACCCAGCCCGGGAUGGCGAGCAAAAGGCCACGGCCUACAUCCCUGGAGCGAGGACGAUGAAGCGGUCGUCAUGCAUGACCCCAACGGUCGAGGCCCCAACCGCGGUGCUCGCAAAACUUUUUCGUCAGACGGUGCCCUGCCGAGCCCUGGGAUGGGUGAGAGCGCAGCCUCGCCCAGCCUUGACUCGACAGAGGUCAAGAUUCUGGCCAGCGUCAAAGCCCCAACUGACGGGGCCAGCAGCGGCCAUAAUGCACCUUUGAGUCAGCGACUACAACAUAAUAUCGCGGCGGCAGAGACGGCCUAGGUGGACGCUUCAUCGCAGGCUGGCGCCGAGAUAGGUAAACCGACCCGGCGGAUGAACAGGGAUGCGCUCGGAGUUCAGCGUACUACUGUCGAGACGAUUAUGGCAGUGACGAGUGCAGCCACGGAGGUGGCCAGGGAGGGUCACUGGAUCCGUGCCAUCUUGCUUAUGAUUAUUGAGCUUAUUGACGCGUGUCUUUCACGCAUACUCGGAGCAUGGCGGAGGAGGGAGUAAAACAAAAUCAGGCCUCUUUCUAUCAUUUGUUUUUUGUUCUGUAGGGAUUGAAAACUCGCAAAACAUCGGGCGUAUUUAGCAUGUGAUGCGAAGCCAUCAGGCCACGGCACUGGCAUGUGCAUCAACUCGUCAAAGUUUCACUGGAUAAUUGGGACGUUUCAUCUAGUGUGUUUCCAUCAAGAAGACUGCCGGGAACUGUUUGUAUCACUUAAUUAUGGAGAGUUGAAUUCGCACGCGAUGGAAGACUGUUGCAGGAUAAGGGGGCAUGACGUUCAGGAGAAACCUAACCAGCUUAGUACUUAGACAGUAUUAUCAAGGUACCCAGUUCGUGUAAUUGUAUUAAUACAAAUCUAUCAAGUUUUCUCUUCUAGUACAGGAAGG